CGACCCUUACUGGGAGAGGCCUGCUAAUGCCGGCUCCUGCCCAGCCUCUAGGCCCAAGACACUCCACCUUGGAGGGCAACAACAUACCUCAUCACCAUGGUUGCAGGCUCUGAGGAAGGAGAAGUCUCGGGACGCAGCGCGUUCGCGGCGAGGGAAGGAGAACUUUGAGUUCUACGAGCUGGCCAAGAUGCUGCCGCUACCCGGAGCCAUCACCUCUCAACUGGACAAGGCCUCCAUCAUCCGCCUGACCAUCAGCUACCUGAAGAUGAGGGACUUUGCCAACCAGGGAGACCCCCCCUGGAACCUGCGCAUCGAGGGACCCCCGCCAAACACCUCCGUCAAAG